CCCUGUAAACAACCCAAGUGAAGUGCAGUGUUGACGUAUGUGGCUCGAUUACGGACAUACCACGACAACCGCCUGCGAGCACGCUAAAAUGCAUUAGAUUCAGCCUAAUUGAAAAUCAUUAUUUUAUUAUAAGUUAUACAUGCUGUGCAAGUGUGGGAUGGUUGGUCUGAAAAUAGCAUAACGAGCUAACAUUAGCAAACAACUCGUAACACAAGUCAAUGUUACGUCACGUGGUGUGAGUAGGGCGGCCAUCUUUCUCUAAAAACACAAACAACAAGAGUAAGGAGCAGACUUCUCGACUAGACAUCAACACGCAGCGACCGUAGGAGAGGGGGUAAAUAAAUCAAAUAUUGAGCACGACUUCAUGAGAGUAUCAGUACCAUUCUGUUGGAGGAGGAUGUUUGCAGAAAGAGAAAGGAAACCAAUGCAUAUGAAUUAAAACCGAAGAUUGUACACAACAAAACGUAUUUAAAAAAUAAUAAAAUAAACGACAUUAAUUCAAAGCAGUUUGAAGGGAGGUGGACAGGAAUCAAAGGUGUCGACACCUAGCGGGCCAGUCAAGCCACGUUUCAGUCGGAGAGAGAACGACAAGAGAGAAAAGAGGGAGAGAAGGAGGGAGAGAGUCGCGUCUGCUCCUGGCAGCUGUUCCAGCAGCCUGUUCUGUUUUCCCCUGGGUUUUUGAUUUAAACCGAGAAUAAUCGUCAUUUUUUUUCAUGUCAAAUGUGAUAUUACUGCUGUUGUCGUAAUCAUUAUUGUUACUAUCGAGUAUUUUAUUUUGUUUGUUUCAUCAACUCGUUUUCGGAUUAUUCCAGUUUCUUGUUUUUAUUUUUACGACUUUUUCCAGCUGUGAGCAGAGGCUUCUUCCAAACUGUCCUCAUAUCCAUACCAGUACUCUAUCCCCUAUACACACCUGAAACAGGCAGCUAUUCUCUAUCUCUGUGUGUAUUGGGGAGCUCUGUUACCACAGCUGUGUAAGCACCACUCAGCCUUCUCACUCAGCCUUCUAAGCCUAACUAAGCCAGUCCUAGCCUGGUCCAGCGAAGUCCAGCCUGGUCCACUCUUCUGGACAGGGUAAGACCUGUGUGUGUGUGUGUGUGUGUGGUGUGUGCGCGAGCAUGGCAUUUGUUAGUUGGUGUGUGUCAGGGUUUCCGUCAGGAAAAUGUGGCACUGGACAUUUGACCGGCAGCAUUUUAAUUUACCAGACAUUUGAGAACUUUACUGGACCCGUAACCUGAUUAGGGCGUCCACCCACGGUGCUCAGAAUGACAGAUUAGGGUAAUUCAACAGAACAUGCAAGUCGAGGAUGUAAUGAUGUAGGGCUGUCCCCGACUACAAAUAAUUUUGGUCAACCGAAAGUCCUGUGUUCGAAUGUGUAUUUUUCCAUAUAUACACACCCUAUGUGUGUUUUUAAUCAAAUCAGCUAUAUAUGUGUAGAGCUUGUCUGAUGCUUGAAGCUCACUAUUUGAUGAAAUUACACACAAAUUACUUAAGAGGGAGCCAGAGAUCAAGAUAACCAGAAGAAGAAAAAAACUGAACCUGUCCCGACCAUCCUCCCGCUCCUACUGGCUUUCCCAGAUUCUGCCGUUAUUCUCCUGAUGUUCCAGGUAACAGGCUACACGAGGAGUCGGUAAACUUUCUCAUGUGGAAUGCCAAUCUAUCUUCCCAUGUAUACGGUUCUGCAUGCCAGUUAUGGUUUUCAUUUUCAUGGGACAGUUUAAUUUCAUGUUAUAAUAACAUCUUUGUAUCUCGAUCAUUGUCAUGUGAAAAUAUCCAUUUGAAAUUUAGAAAGAGCGCCCAUCGUUUUAGUCAUAUUGUCAGCUAAUCCAUCUAUAUGACUAGGAUUGUGCAUUUGGCUACUGGACAACGAAAGAAAGUUUAUAAUAAAAUAGUUUCCUCCACUCCACAGAUAUGGUCAGAUUUUGGCUAGGCUACUCUGAAGCAAGGUAAAACAUGCUUCAUAAUAUGCAGUAAAACGUUCCGGUUUCAAACAACUAAGUAUACGUUCUCAAAAUGCACACUGCCUCCAGCUCAUCGCAAAGUGGUGGGUGACGUGUACUGUUUGAGACGCUGUAGCAGCAGCUCUCGCGCUGCCUGACAGGUUUUCGGUUCAAACGCUCUGUAUCUGUAUGCUGUACGCGUGUGAUGAAUAAAUAAAAUCCAUACCGAAUAUUCUGUACACGCGGCAAUUUAAUUCCACUAAAUUAUGCAAAAUACCUUAUAGAUUGAUAAGCAUGACCAGUCAGAUGUAUUUCCAUCAAUGAAUAGGUUAAAAAGCUUUAUUUCGCAAUGUGAUUUUUGAAAUGUAGUUUCUCUUUUUCCGGACAAUUGGCCAACGGCAAUUUCAUUUAUCGGCUUUUGACAACAAAAAAAUUAUCAUCCAAAAGCCAGCGAUUCCCGGCUAAUGGAAACCGCGGUGUGUGUGUGUGUCACUCAUAGAUGAAUCCUUUUCUUGCUCCUGUUUCCAGAUACUCAGCUCUGUAAAGACGUGAGGAAUAUGACUGCUGAGACACUUAACUUCGGCCCAGAAUGGCUCCGUGCACUAUCCAGUGGGGGGAGUGUGACGUCCCCCCCUCCUUCCCCCGCCAUGCCAAAGUACAAGCUGGCCGAGUAUCGCUACGGCCGAGAGGAGAUGUUAGCACUUUAUAUCAAAGAGAACAAGGCCCCAGAGGACAUGCAGGAUAAGGAGUUUGCUGCUAUUCUGCAAGAUGAGCCCAUGCAGCCACUGGCACUGGAGCCUCUCACUGAGGAGGAGCAGAGGAACUUCUCCAUGUCUGUGAACAGCGUGGCUGUGAUGAGGCUCAUGGGUAAAGGAGGUGGAGUCGCCCCAGCGGGCAUGGCCCGAGGCAGAGGCACCACACGAGGUGGAGGCCGAGGGCGAGGCCGAGGAGAGAGUGGAGGAUUCUACCAAAGAAGUAUUGAGGAGGGAGAGGUGGGCUUCGGCCGCGGAGCCAGAGAGAUCUAUCGCAGCCAGAGCUGGGAUGACAGGGGCGAGAGGCGUUUUGAGAAGCCUGCACGUGCCAGGGAGGGGGUACGUGUUGGAUUAGAGGAGGUGACGGGUGUCCCUGUGCCGGGGGUGCCGAGGAAGGACUACACGCGGUCUGACAGUGAGAACUGGCGUACCCUCAGAGAGGAGCAGGAGGAAGAGGAUGGGGCCGACCCAGGAGGCAGCUGGAGACUGGCCGGAGCACGUAGAUUAGAUGACGGAGGUCCAAGGUCUGCAGGCUGGCGGGAGCACGACGGUCCGGUUGAGGGGCGUCGCAGGAAGUGUGAGUUUGACUUCGGCGGAGGUCGCAGGCGGGCCGGGAGCGAAGGGUUAGAUGACGACAGAGACGGACUGCCUGAGUGGUGCACUGAUGAAGAGGACGGAGAAAUGGGCACCUUCGACGCAUCCGGAGCCUUCCUCCCCCUGUCCAAGGAUGAGGAGUUUGACUUCCAGGGGAUAGAGGAGGAGGAAGAGAGCCUGUCUGGCAUGGAGAGGAUCAUGAAUGGAGGACAGAGAGUUGACGUCAAGGAAUCAGCCAGUGACGGGGAGGUGACGAACAGAACCAGUCCCCCCUCCUCCUCUCCCCCUGCCCCUCCAGCCCUGGGCCUCAACCCCCCCAUGCCCCAGCUCUCCCUCACAGUGGCUGAGCUGGAGGCCUCUCAGAUGGCCGACAGCCACCCUCUUCCUGCUCCUCUCCCUGCUCCUGCUCCUCUCGCUGUUCCUGUCCCUGCCAAGGCCAGCAAGACGCCAAGUGAAGUAGUAGUUCCUGAAGGAUCACCAGCAGAGGGCUCCACCACCCAACAGAGCCCCAGCACCACCUCCAGUCUGCCUUCACCCCCUCCCUCCGUCUCCUCCUCCUCUGCUGCUACCCACCUCCCCCCGCCACCAGGGGGUGACACCGAGGACGACGAGGGCAUGAAGCACCUGCAACAGGAAGCAGAGAAGAUGGUGGCGUCCCUGCAGGACACAUCUCUAGAGGAGGAGUGUUUUACCCAGACGCUGCAGGAGAGCAGAAACACAGCCUCCGCCCUGCCCCUCUCCCACGACGCUGCCAUGAAGUGGUUCUACAAGGACCCCCAGGCAGAGAUCCAGGGUCCGUUCACCACGCUGGAGAUGUAUGAGUGGUUCCAGGCAGGCUACUUCUCCAUGUCUCUGCUGGUGAAGAGGGGCUGCGACGAGGGCUUCCAGCCGCUGGGCGACGUCAUCAAGAUGUGGGGGCGCGUGCCUUUCGCCCCCGGGCCCUCCCCACCGCCCCUGCUGGUGAGACCUCCACCACCGCGCCCUCAGCCGCUGCCACCCCGGGGUCCUGCUGUGAGUGAGGCAGCCGGGGAUAGGGUGGGGAGGAUGGGUAACAUGGAUCAGGACCGUCUGAAGAAGCAGCAGCAACAGGACUUGGCAGCAGCAGCUCUCUAUCAGCAGCUCCAGCAGCAGCAGCAGCUAUUCCAGCUCAUCAACAGGUGUGGAGAACAAGGUAUGAUGCCUUCAGUGAACAGGUCAAUGUCAGUGCCAGAUACAGGGUCCAUGUGGGACAUGCAUACCUCAGCUUCACAGCAAUCAGGCGGUGAAGCCAGUUUAUGGGACUUAACAAUGAAUUCUUCAACUCAGGGUCCAACACUCGAACAGCUUCAGAAGCUCCAGCAGGAGAGGAGGGAGGCUGAACUCAGGACGAAGCGCGAAGAGGAGGAGCAGCGCAAGAGGAGAGAGGAGAAAAGGAGGCAGCAGGAGGAGCAGAAGAGGAGGGAGGAGGAGGAGAUCUUCAGACGCAAACAGUGUCGCCAGCAGCAGGAUCUGAUCAUGAAGCUCCUCCAGCAGGCACCUCAGCAGGGCUCAGGCUCCGGGGUGGGGUCUGGCUGGGGCACUGGGGGCCUCAACAAGCCAGGGGCCAAGGGCCUCAGUCUGCUGGACAUGCAGGAAGCCGAGAGGCUUCUCAAACAGCAGCAGAGAGCCCAGCAGCAACAGAGAGAACGCCAUCAAGGCAUGUCCAUGGGUCAGUGGGGGGACGGAGGUGCCGUCCCAGGGGGCCUGUGGGGAGGCGGAGGGGGGAUGGAGGGUAAGGCUGGGGGCGGCGGGGCCAUGGGUCUGUGGGAGGAGGCGGUGAAGAACCAGUCCAGAGGUGGCAGCAUGCAGGGUCUGAAGAACAGCCGCAGCAGCCCCUCACUCAGUGAGCAGUAUAUGUUAAGUCGUAGGAAGCAGCGUACGGAGGAGGAGGACAAGCUGCUGAAGCUGCUGCAGGGCAUCAAGACGCCUCAGGACGGGUUCACCACCUGGUGUGAACAGAUGCUGCAUGCCCUCAACACCCAAGCCAACAACACCUCCUCCCCACUGGACGUGUCCACAAUCGUGGCGUACCUGAAGGAGGUAGAGUCUCCCUACGAGGUGUUGGACUUUAUUUGCUCCUACCUGGGAGACACCAUGGAAGCCAAAGAGUUCGCCAAGCAGUUCCUGGAGCGCCGUGCCAAACAGAAACAGAACCAGAAGAGGCAGCAGGAGCAGCUAUCAAAGGAAGUAGCAGGGCUGACCAUGAACAACUUCCCUCUGCAGGACUCCAUGCGGGGCAUGAACCCCAGCGCCCUGCAGUCUAUGUUCCAGGCGGCCCACAUGGCUAAGGGAGGGAUGUACGACGCCCAGGGGGGCAUGAAGAAGAAGAAACAGCCCGUGAUGCUGCAGUCUGACCCCAGCAUCCUAGGCUACUCGUACCACAACGCGGGCGAGCGUCUCAACCUAAAUGAGAUGGAGAUGGUGGAGGAUUACUGAUCCAGAUCUGAUCAGCAGCGGCAAUAGCUACUACCUGAGGCCUUCUGUCUACUAAUCAGACAAACCUGAUGACGAAUGUGCACUGCUAGGGGAUGGGGGGGGGGGGGGGGCUCGUAUGGGGACAGGAAGGAGAGGAUUGUUUCACUGCCCCCCCCAAAAAAAUGAGUAGGGCUCCUCUCCUUAAAUCGUUCACUUGAGUGGGUGGAUGGGUGGAUGAGGUGAAAGGGGGUGUGAUGAGUAUCCCUUGGCACUUGUAAGACUAAGCACCUUAAACUGAACUAAUGCACUUUAUUAUUAAGUUUGAAUAUUUUUUUUUAUGAAUACAGAAUCGGGGUGUGUGUGUGUGUGUGUGUGUGUGUGUAUUGAAUCUACACGCAAUGCCGUAUGUAUACACGUGAAAAUCUGAACUGGAAGGGUGAGGUGUAUGGUUGGUGGGAUAGGCUCACUGGGAGGGGGAACUCAAAGUUAGAGGGGACCUUUAUUUUGAAACCUUAUCAGAAAAACCAAUCCUUUCUUUAAAGACAAACACUGUUGUUUUUUUGUUUUUUUAAGACAAUACAUUUAUAUAAAAAGUAAAGCUAUUACAAAAAAAAUGGAUACAAAGAAAACUUGAAGAUUUGCACUUGUGUUAAAAAAAAAAGAAAGAUAAAAAAACAAAAACAAAUGAGGUUAGGUAUAGAGAUUAAUAUUUUGUGUGUGUGUGUGUGAGGGCCGCUGUGUAUCAGAAACACACUAGUCUGCACAAUGUAUAUAUUUUUUCCAUUGCUUACCAAGAUGUAUGUCAUUUGGUUCAAAUUAGAUACAUUUUUUAUUUCAUGAGUUGAACGUCUGUCCUCUUGUACAGAGGGACUUUCUUUGUAUACUUGUGUGUGAGACCGAGAGAGAGAGAGAGGGCAAUCCCACAACACAUCCGUUCUCUCACCAGCUCGUCAUCCCCAGAUAGACGUCGUAGAAAUACAUACAUUUGUGGAGGAGGAUUAUGGCUUUAUGUUGUUGACCACCACUUGUUAAUUAAAAAAAAAAUCUGGGUGAUUUUGGAGUAUGGGCUAUACCCCUCCCCUGCUGUCUUCUCUCAGCUUCGGUCUCUGAGCCUCUGUGAGGUUUCAAACAGACAGUGGUAAGGAUCUUUAGUGUGUGUGUACGCCUGUUUCUUUACUAAUCAUAGGAAAGAAGUGAUCCCUACAGGUACUCAUCUCUGUGUGUGUAUAUGCAUGCACAUUUUUGCCUUAGAACUCUGAAAGGGUGAAUGGGAGGGAAUGUUCAGUGGCCAUUGAGACAUUAACUACUUUGAGUGUACUGUUAUGUUAAAGGAGAAUUUAACUAUUUUUAGGGACCUAAUCUUUAUUUUUUAUGUAAAUGGCAUAUUAUAGAAAGGGUCCAGAUGACAUAUUAUUUUUUUUUGCAAUUUCAUUUGGUUUUGAGAAACUUACCCAGAAGCGAUCGACUUCCUGAGCCUCAUUCUGGAGUUCCAGGGCAUCCAAGAACAUGAGAGCUUUGCUGUUUGUAAAAGGGUGUUUUUGGAGCCCCGGAAUUCCAGGCUCGAGAAGUCAAUCCCUGCCAGGGUACAUUUUUCAAAACCAAGUGAAAUUGCAAAAAGAAGGGUCUGUAAACCUUGUUUUACAUACAAAAUAAAGAUGAGGUUCUUAAUGAAAUUCUCUUAAGCGCUCUGCACAGUCAAUGUGCAUGUCAGUCAUGUAUCCUAAUAUUUCUAGUAUAGCCUGGGGAUGAUGAUGGUUCUUCUUUGGAAGGUUAGUCCGGUUUAGCUUUCCUGGGACGAGAUCACAUUGCCUUGUCGAUUUUCUUUAACUUGCGUGUGAAAGGUGUUGAGUUUCAGAUUCUGCUCAAAACAAUUGGCAUCAAACUGUCUGUAUACAGGACAGUGCACAACAUGUUAGCAUAUUUGUGUUACUUAUUGUUGUUGCUAUUGAUAAUGAUGCUGGUGACGUUUCUUUUUUUGAAUGAAUAUAAAUGAACAUUUAUAUAUGAAAAUAUAUAUAUAUAUAUAUAUAUAUACAAAGAAAAAAAAAGAUUUGGACUAAGAUUAUGAUGAGCACUUGGGGCUGCUUUUUUUCUCUUUGUUUUUGUUUCAUUACCGCCAUGUGAAGUGCGUUUUAUUUCUUUCUUAAGAAAACAUUGAAUGUAUUCCCCUCCCCCAAAAAAAGACAAAACGUGAUGAUACCGGAUAUAAUUUCAACAACAAAACAACUCAGAUUGAAGAGGUCUUUCCCCUUUUCUUUUUUACUCCGAGGAAGAACUCGGGAUGGCUACAGUUGAUCCCACUGCCUCUGCAAUCCUGUUCUUACAAAAACAAUAUUACUAUGAGAAAUAAAAUAGACUUUUCUAUUCCUUACUGGAUUUUUGGUUGUUUACAAAACGGAUUUCUGUGGGUGCUUUUUUUUUUGUGUAGGAGUGGGCUUUUGCGAGUGUGCUUCUGCAAUAUGGACAUUCAUUGGCGUACAUUGUUUUUGGCGAGAGGAGGAGUGACAUCACAAUGUGACGGACAAGAUCCUUGCCCUUUGACCCUUUAGUGGGCAUGGCUCUUUGGAACUGACUGAUCCUCAAGGAGCGCAGGAGAAACAACAAAGUUAGUCUGUUUUUUUUUUGUUUUGGGGGAGUUCAUUAUUAGUGUGUCUUCUGGUUCCAUUUAGUUACUUUUUUGUUGUUGAACUGCCUAUCUUAACUAAACAAGGACUGAAAUGAGUAUAAAGCUUAAUCAAAAAGCAGAGCACAGCGGAGGUGUUUUUGGUACUUUGACCAUGCAUAAAGGAAACAACAAUAUCAUCGCUUUAAUAGGAGAAAAAAUGCCCUGGAGGGAAAUUGUGGAGUUUCACAUUUUUUUUAUCCACCAACCUAAAAGAGACAGAUGGACAAACCUUUUGAGGGGUGGAUGAGAAUAGAGGAAAUUUGAAGAUUUUGUAAAACUGUACAUACAUGAUGUUGACCUCAAAUCUACCAUUGCAUUUGAUUGGACUGUGUCGGCAGCAUUUCUUACUUUUUGUCAUUCUACAUUUUUUUAAGGGGGCUCAGGGUGUGCAGUGGGAGUGUAUUAACCCUGCAAUGAGGGGAAAUGAAAGGGUACCAGUACUGAUCCCUGGGGGGCACCCCUCAACACGCGCACCCUGCCCUGACACUCACUAUGCACUUUCAAACUGUGAGGUUCCAUUACAUUUGGGACGGGAGCACAGAAAUAUUAUAGUACAAAGGGAGGGUUGGAAAAUGUAUUUUUUUUUUUUUAGUUAAUACCGUCUCACUGAAAACAAGAGAUUCAAACCGAAACGAAAGACUUAGGAACACACCUUCCUCCUCCUGUACAUAACCAUAUUUUUGUAUGACCUUUUUUAGAAAAUCACUUGGACAAAACUACAAGGCUUGAUAUAAAAACAAACAGAUGAAAGAAAUACAUGACAGAUUUACAGAGUGAAUGUUCCUCAAGGAAACAUGUCUCUUUUUUUUUUCAUUUUAUACUGCGGUAAAUUAACUACCUGGAAGUUCCCUUGACUUUGCCAGUGGCCCUGUCUAUCAUCAGGGAUGGCGGGAAAAAAGGACUUAACAUGGAUGGAGCUGCGGACUGCAAGUACUCCCGAGACUGAUUGGUGAACGACUGUCAUCAAAAUGGACUCCACUGCAGAGCCCAGCCCAGGGUGUUUGAACAACAGUCACCAACCAAUGGAGAAGGCAGGGGAGAGACGACACAUACGGAUGGAUGUACCGGGAGACCUUCUGCCCAGAUGCCCCCCCCCCCGCCUUCUGCCACCUAGCCACUGCCUGGAGAUCAACUACAAGGUGACUGCAAGAAGAGAACCAUCAAAUAGGAGUCUCACUUCCUAGCUGCCCUCUGUUGGAAAGGAGAUGGAGCGUACUGUACCUUCAAACCUUUCUUUUCCUCUUCUCUCUGCCCCCUGGUGGGAGAAGUGCCAAGCAGAAACCACAGCAGGCGAAGAAGCAGAGGAACUUGAACAGUGGGACUACACACAAACCUAGAGCUUUACUCAUGUGUACAGUACAUGCAGCUGGAUUCUGGUUAAAAAAAAAUUGCAAGCACACAUUCUCAAAAAGACUUGCUCUUUUCUAGAACCACAUUCACACACAUAACUAAUAGAGCCUGUCAUUACACCAGCGCUUCCCAAACUCGGUCCUGGGGACCCCAAGGGGUGCACUACACAGCUGAUUCAACUAAUCAUCAAGCGCUGGUUAUUUGAAUCAGUUGUGUAGUGCUAGGGCAUAAACAAAAACGUGCACCCCUUGGGGUCCCCGGGACCGAGUUUGGGAAACGCUGCAUUACACAUUCAUGCAAGCAUGCACACACACAAACACACAAGCGGAAAGGCUCAAUACUACACACUUGAGUUCAAACUGCUUUGUAAAUAACGUGAAAGAAUUUUGUUUUCGUCUAAUUGUUUUUCUUUUCUCUCUGUUCAACAUGCCUUAAUUGUACAGAUCUGCCUUGUAUGGCAAACUCUAAAUAUUCAAUAAACAGUAAGAGAACAUAAGGACUAUAGCAUUUGAAGGGGAGGUCAAUGUUCUACUUGACAGGACUGUCUUAUUGGCUAACAAUACUGUUGUAUGUUACGUUAUUUCUGUCCAGCAUAUAUCGCACGUUAGCAUGAAAGUAGAACUGUAGAAAACCCCUUACGACGACGAUGAUGGUGGUUUGCCUUUUUUCAAAGCAAGAGUGUCUCUUUUCAGAUAUCCAGUUUUAAAUGCCUCUACAUGUAGUUGGUGCAGGGUGAGGAAUGAGAAGUCUGGAGUAUAGUGUGGAGCUGAGCUGACUUGGAAGGGUAUGUUAAAGGCCCAGUGCACACAACAACAACAAAAAAGUAUUUCCACACUGAGGUUUGAAUAAUAAUGUGAAAAUGUUAAUGCCCUUUUAGUUUAAGAGCUAUUUGGAAAAAAAUGCUUAUUUUGGUGGGAUAGAGUUAUGGCCUGCAUGGUGACAUAGACCAAUAAGAAAAAGCGUUCCAAACCUCUGUCAAUAACAGCAAGUUUAGUUUUUCCCUCCCCGCUCAGACCACUCCCAGACCUUCCAAGCAAAAUUCUUGCUUGAUAAAUUGGUCUUUGCUAAGAAGCUGUUUUUGUUUCUUUUUGAAUAAUGUUAAAUAAAUCACAGUAAGGUAAUUCAACUGUUUCCCAGAAAUUAUUUGAUAUUGAGAUAAAAAUGUCUGCAUUGGACUUUUUAAAUCUGUCCUCUCUCACACACAGCCCCACUACAUAUUACUAUUUACCCCAUCACUAGUAAUGUUUUGACGGAAAGGAUUUUGACACAAUGAUUCACAUUAUGAGACUUGAUUUGAAAGAUGUUUUAUCUUGGUGCUUACCACACCUUAAAAUGGAGGAUAUAUUUAUUCUUGGGGUUCUCGGAGGAGCCUAAAUUGUCCCUAAACAUUUGACUACUGACCAUUUGUAAUGACUUUUGUCCCUGUUUAUUCGACGCGUCUACAGUAGCUAAUGUUAUUGAAUGGCUGUAUACAACUCAAGGUUUACUCAACAGAUUGAGUGGCUAUGACACUUGUUGCUAAAUGUAUGCCAUUAUACAGUUGAUAAUGGAUUUGUCUCUCUUCUACUGAAGGUGCUUUGGAACAGUUCUGCAACUUGUUAGUUUGUUUUUCUAUGGAGAAACCCAAUACUUCCCCUGUCAGUUGGGUUGAAUGGAUUCAUUAUUUUGAAAGUGUUUUCCUAUUUAGAACCAGUUCUGGUUGGUCCGACAAACGAGUAUUAACUUCUGUUGUAGGAUAUGACUGUGGUUCAGGUUUUUCCAUAUGUUAGCUUUGGCUUUCUCCCCAACUAGCACAUUUGGUUCCUUGGAAGUUGUGGGAACGUAGUGUUUUUUGUUUCACAUUGGUUCUGGGAAGAAGCCAUACCUUUCCUAACUGGUAAAACCAGUUUUUUUUUUAAAGUUCUGAGAACAGCAGUGAAAACUUUGCCUGUUCUGGGAAUGUUUUAUUUUUAGGUUGCAGGGAGGUUCUUACGUUUUACUCUGGUUCCUUUGAAGUUUCCCUGUGAGGUUUUAUUAACACAGAACGGAAAUUCUAGGUAAUUGAGGUUUUUUGAAUAACUUCCUUAACUGUCACUGAACGUUCCAAUAAGAAACUGAAUGUUUCAAGAACACCGCUAGCUUAUUUGGGGUUAACUUUUUAAACUCCAAGCACAGAUCAGACACAUGGAAAUUCAUGCAAACAUACAUUUUUUUGUGACAUGGCAUCUGUGAGAUUCGAACCUAUAAUCUUCUGGAAUUAGUCUACUGCGCCAUCAGGAUGGAGCUAGUGUGCCAUAUUUUUUUAUGCACACAAAUCUGUUCCUUUUAGUCUAUUCAAACAGACCUCAUUUUUAAAGGAAACAAGCACUCCAAGCUCAGGUGUGGCCAAUUAGUGGGUGCGGCCACCGCACCCGAACACACUUAACAAGAGUGUUUUGGUGAUGCUGAGAACAGAAUGUAUGUUUUGAAAUAACGUUCUCUGAACAUGAAAGUUUUUAUACGAAGUUUUAAACAUUCUCGAAACAAUGAGAACAUGGCUUUAAAUAGAACCACGAGGAAACGUUAUGCUGAAGUACUGAAAUUCCCACAGAAGAACGUUGUUUAACGUUCUCUGAACCAAUGUCAAACCAGUUGGAGAAUGUUCCCUAAAGCAUUACCGAAACGGAAUUUAAAUGUAACCAUGUUUGAACUUUUAGGAAACAUUCUGUUAAAAGUAAUGAAAUACCAAGAUUUUUGUUUUUGUCAAGUUCGUUAAAAGUGCUGAGAAUGUUCCAAAGCCAAGCAACUAUCCUGCGCCGUUCCCAGAAAGUUGUGGGAAGGUUGUAUGCAAAAUCAACACGACCAGACUCUCACCAAACUAAUAAACAUGGUUCUCAGAAAGUUAUGUUUUAGCUGUGUUGGUUUUGAAUACACUUUAUUCAGUCAGUUUGGAUCAGUUGAUGUAUUGGUUAGUGCAGAUUGGGGAAUAUCUAAAAUGUCACUGAAGUACUUUGUGAAUACUGAGAGAGCAGGGUAUUGUCAUUAUUUUAAUUCCAUCGGUCAGAUAAGGAUGCCAGUGGCAUACUGGUUUGCAGUGAGCUGUGUUUUAAAUGUAGCCAUCAAUUAUUCUCUGAAUUAUUCUAGUCUGUUGUUGAAUGACUGGUGGUUAUCAUAUGUUAAGUCUGUCAAGUCUCCGGCUGUUGACAUUUCAGAUUUUCUGUUAAUCCUUGAAGUUCAAAAGUUAUUGAUGUUUUGGCGUUGUGAUGCCCCUAGGGGAGAUUGCCAUACCUUUUGAUAUGAUUAAUUGACCAAUUUAUCAAAUGAUAUUUUCCCUUUUUCACCCAGUCAGCUCAAUUCCAUCACUUAAACUUUUUGAAUGAGUUUAGUAACACAAAUGCAUUCUGAAAAAGAACAACCUAAAGAAUUGUAAAUAGUUUGGCUUUUGUUUGUUUGAAGAGAACCAAAAGUGAUUAAAUAAAAUGCAUUUAAUGAUG